AUAUAGCAGACGAUGCCUUGUUUUAAAUAAUACAAUCAAUUUUUGUCAUCUUUUUUUAUUUACCAAUAAAAUAAACUAUAUAUAUAUUUUUAAAUUAAAUUUAUAUAGUAUUAACUAAAAUUCCUACCUCGCUUGAAAACCAUUCCUCAUAUUUUAUAACCACAACUUUGUGAAAUUAGGCUUCAAACCACACUUUAUUCCCGAUGAAUGAAAAGUCCAGAGAGGAGAAAUUUAAACAUUUUGCUCUAAAAUUAUCGAAUUACCUGUCUCAAGAUUGGGAGAAAUUUAUGUUGCAUUUAGGUUUAGAUGACAAACAGAUAUCAGAUAUAAAACGCUUGCCAUCCAGCUUUGGAGUAAGAUAUGAAAUUUGCGUUAAAGCUCAUACAAAACUUGGAUCAAAGUUUUUAAGCGAAGCCAAAAUACAUCUUAAAGCUUGUGGAAGGGAAGACGUUUACAGUAAAAUAGAAAAUGCUUCAAUCGAUAAUGGCUAUAAUGAAAUUUUCUCUAUCAUAUCAACUUCAGUAACGGAUAGUAAAUUUUAUAUAUUAUUAUAUGGAUAUGAUAACGCACAAUCAGUAUUUUCAAGCUUAAGACAGCACAGAAAUCAUUCAGAUUUGGCUUAUGAAUUAUUAGAUAGGUACUCAAAAGAACAUUCAAACAAAACUUUCUCUCAAUUAGCCGAAGAUCUUGGGACGGCUUUACUUGAAAUUGGUAGAAAGAAGACAUUCCGCCUUAUGAAAGAAUUUGCAGAAGAGUUGAAUGAGGAAUAUAAAAUUGACAGGAAACGCGUUAGUGAAAAAAGUGCGAAAGUACUUCCUUCGGCUAAUAACGAAGGAUUAGAUGUGCAAGAUUGUUCGAAGAAUGAAUUUAUCAAUAUGAAAUUCGCAAAUAUGAAUUCUCCAGUGCUGCUACAGUUUCUAAAAACUAUCGCUGAUGAAGUUAGCGAGUAUGGUGAACAGUUAGCUAUUGAAUUGGGAAUGGAACCAGAAAAUCUGGAGGAGGUGAGAAGACGCCUAAUCGACAAAGUUGUAACUCAACAAAUUCGUAUUGAUCAAAGUAUCGAUAGAAAAAUUAUAGAGGAAGAAAUACGUCGCCAUGGUAUACAUAUAGUAGCAUCAAAUUCCGAAUUAACGUAUGCCUAUCUGAAAUGGGUAACAGUGAGAAUUCCAUCGGAGGAAGAGAAGAAGGAUAAAAUAUUAGAGGCGUUAAGGAUAAUGGGUAAAACUGAAAUUGCUACAUCGUUGGAUGAAGGGUGGCGACGUCUGACAGUAUCCAGUAACAGGGCAAAUGACCCAACCGUUAAUAAUCUUCAGCAUUCAAAUGAAAGACCAGCAGCUCGUCCUGAAACACGAGACAAAUUUGAAGAAUAUUUAAGGAAAUUAGCCGAAUUGUUGUCCUCCGAAGGUCCUACUUUAGCAUUAAAUUUGGGAAUGUCUUAUGAUGAUGUACAAAAAGCAAGUGGUUCAUGUACAAUUGUAGACGCGAGAAGGAUAGCAUUAAGACAAAAGUUACAAAUUGUUGGUUCGGAUGCACUUAAAGCACAAAUGAUGAGAGUUUUAAAAUGUCUUAAAAGGAAUGAUUUAGUGUCUAUACUAGAGAGUGAAGGUAACAUAGAAAAAUGGAUAAUGAUUACAUCAAGCCAAGUAGGUGAAGAAAAUUUUUUUAGAUUUAUUUGUGGAUUUGAUGAAUACGAAGUAUCAUUGAAAAUGGUGACAACAAAAAAACACUAUUCUGACGUCAACUAUGAAUUACUACAGCUAUUUUGUAGAAACAAUAGUAAUUUAAGCGAAAUAGUUUUGAGAGGCACCAUAAAUAGAGUCCUAUCAGAAUUAGGACAUUUGAAUACUUUAGAAAAAAUAAAUGAUUUCUGGAGAAGUUUAAAUGAAGUUCCUGCUGCUAAUGGACACUCAGGUGAACGGCAGACAGAAUCCUGUAGAGAACUAUCGUAUUCGUGUGAAUCGGAGAUACAUAGUUUUAAUGGAUAA